CACGCCUCGAACCUAGCCGCCAUUCCGCCGCGUGGUUACAUGUCUAGGUGGCAAAAGAUUGCCGAUGCACCAUGUUGUUCAAACCGCAGAGCGCCUCGGCUCCCACAACGAAGAGCGCGCUCAGCCCCCAGUUCAAACUGCGCCCCGCAUAAUUCCGUGCGAGUGGGCUCACACCCGACCGACCGACGCGGCGACCUUACCACCGACCACGUUUGUAACGAUUCUAUGAUAGGAAGCAGCAUAUAUCCGCCUGUAGUUUAGAGCGUUAUAAAUAUCGGCCUCAUUUUCAUGAAGAGGAGACGUCCAUCUGACACCAACUUCUUUUUCUAGCAUCAAGCGCGCAUCUACCAAGCGAUCCACUCGAUAUCAUAGCCAGCCCUACUAUGACAUACGCAAAGUACUGUCUGCCGCCAGGAUACUCUCUUCCCCCGCCCAUCGCGGUGCAGCCUCUCCUAUUAACGGCUGAACUUGAGCACGCCUUGAAAUCUCGCACAUGGUACAGCAAAACUACCAUCGCCAUCAAAGCCUCAUUGGGAGGGAAGCUUAUCUUCCACCAUGCGCAUCGCGCUAGUCAUGAGGACGCUGCGAAUCUAUACGACACCAAGAUCCGGAUAGCGAGUGUGACGAAGGUCUUCACCGUUCUCGCAGUGUUGCUCUCAAGAGCAGAAAUUAGGUGGGAAGAUAGCAUCACCAAAUACAUCCCAGGCCUGGACGAAGCGGCAUAUGCUGACGUGACCAUCGGUGCGCUGGCCGGACAUACGAGCGGUUUGGGUAGAUUCGGUUACACGGGUGAUCUUGCGCUCAUACCAGGAUUCUCUCCAGCGCAGCUUGGUUUGCCAGAAGUCACUCACACGUUACCUGGAUGCGAUGCUUUUCCCGGGGGGGAGGUCUGUUCCAGGUUCCAAGUUCUCGAUAUGUUCAACGACCCAGCAUACUCCCCGACAACUAUAAACACCGAGCCGCUAUACACCAACAUUGCAUUCAACCUUCUCGGAAUGGCACUCGAGCAUGUUCACUCCAAGCCUUACGAGCAGAUCAUCCAAGAACUCAUCUUCGCCCCCAUCGGUAUGCAUGCCUCUUCGUUUGAAACUCCAAAUGCCAUCGAUGGUAUUCUGCCACAAGCCGGUGAACGGUGGUUCGCCGCCCCCUUUGGCAACUUCAACCCCUCAGGUGGCAUCUGGAGUACGCCUAACGACAUGCUUCUCUUCCUCGAAGCACUGCAAUCCCACAAAUUGCUUUCCGCCGCCCAGACCCGCAAGUGGCUGCAACCGUCAUCGCUGCUGCCUUCCCUCCAUCAACUCAUUGGCGCACCGUGGGAAAUCUUCCGCCCAACAGAUAUCGACGUAGCUGUUCCUCGUCCCAUCAAUUUGUACGCAAAAGCUGGCGGAGUUGCAGGAUACUCCAGCUACGCAGUACUCGUGCCAGAGUACAACAUUGCGCUGACAAUUCACGCCGCUGGGAACGAUGCAACGCGUGCAGUGCAAGAUAUGCUGCCGUUGAUAGCCAAACCCCUGAUUUCACAUGCCGACGAGCAAGUGAGGUCUCGAGUAUCUGUGAAUUAUGCUGGCACAUACCGCUCGAACGAUGACAACAAAAGUAUCUCAUUGGUGGUCGAUGAUGGACCUGGCCUACUAGUGCAGUCGGCUAUCAUGAACGGUGUCGCUAUCAUACCAGCUUUGGCUAAAAUGCAAGGCUUAGAUCCCUCUAAUGCUACUGCAAGGUUAUACCCCACGGAUCCAGACUCAAAUGGAAGCAACAAGGAGCAUUGGAGCUUGUUGCUAGAUAGGGCGAAAGACGGCGCGGCACGUGGAUUUGCAGAGCAAGAAUGUGCAAGCUGGAAUUGGGGCGAUACUGCGCGGUAUGGAGGUCAGCCCUUGGACAGGAUAGUGUUCCACAUGCGCGAAGGCAAAGCCAUUGGGGUUGCACUAGUGGGCUGGAGAACGACAGUUCUGGACAGAUUAGAGUCAUGAGAGUUUGCGAAAGUGCGCGGGAAAGGCAAACCGGCGUACUGCCGUUCAGCUACACUAUCUACACGCCAC